CCUCCGUCCUCGCUUCUCUCGCUCUCUCCUCGCCCGCUGGGUGCUGAAGUUGGGCGGAUGGCAGCAAACCGGCUCUGCUAGAGGACCGAGCAGCCCAGCCUCGCGCCCCCGGACGCAUUGGUGCGCUGCCCACACCUCCAGGCGACUGGCCAUUUGGGCACUGCAGUAGCUGACAUGCGAAAAAGGCAGCAGUCACAGAAUGAAGAAACACCUGCUGUGUCUCAAGCACCUGGAAACCAGCGGCCCAACAACACAUGUUGCUUUUGUUGGUGCUGUUGUUGCAGCUGCUCCUGCCUCACUGUUAGGAAUGAAGAAAGAGGGGAAAACGCAGGAAGAAGCACACAUACCACAAAAAUGGAGAGCAUCCAAGUCCUAGAGGAAUGCCAAAACCCCACCCCGGAUGAAGUCUUAUCCUGGUCCCAAAAUUUUGAUAAGAUGAUGAAGGCUCCAGCAGGAAGAAACCUCUUCAGAGAGUUCCUCCGAACAGAAUACAGUGAAGAGAACCUACUUUUCUGGCUUGCCUGUGAAGACCUAAAGAAAGAGCAGAACAAAAAAGUAAUUGAAGAAAAGGCCAGAAUGAUAUAUGAAGAUUACAUUUCUAUACUAUCACCAAAAGAGGUCAGUCUCGAUUCUCGAGUUAGAGAGGUGAUCAAUAGAAAUCUGUUGGAUCCUAACCCUCACAUGUAUGAAGAUGCCCAACUUCAGAUAUAUACCCUAAUGCACAGAGAUUCUUUCCCAAGGUUUUUGAACUCUCAAAUUUAUAAGUCAUUUGUUGAAAGUACUGCCAGCUCUACUUCCGAAUCUUAAUUUUUAUUUAAAAAAAAAAAUCACGUGGGAGGGCUGGGAUGAGAAAUAAAAGUAGUUCAACAACACCUGAAACUGAGUUCCUGGAGAACGUCAGUUUAGCAUUCCUCAGGCUACUGUGAAAAUACAACCAUGUGCUCUUCGUCUCCAUUUUUAUCAAGGUUACAUCCGUGGUUAAGUUUGGAGGAAAUACCACAUAAAAUGGUGAAUUGCCAAAUUAAGUUUGUUUUGUUCAACACGCAUUCUACUUGCAAGCACACUGUAUUUGUAGUCCUAGGAACAGUCUCCUCGUGUAUCUGGAGACUGCAUGUGCAAAGUGAAACUGCUUCGUUUGCCACAUAGUUGUCGUACUAUUUAUUCCAACGGCGUAACUUAUAUCUGUAUUUAAGGACUUUUGUGCAAUAUGGUCUUCUAGAAAUAAUUGCCAAAAAUCUGGCUGUGGUUUGCAUUUUUAAAUAUAAUCUAAGACAGAAAAAGCCAAUUUUUAAAUUGUUUAACUCUGACAUUCAUCAUGCUAUAUACUGUGUUCAGUACACGAAUUUUGAAGCCAAUAUUUCUGUACAUGAAAAAAAGAGCUAUUUAUCUCUGUCUGUUGGGAAAUUCCAUAUGGGGAAUUCCUCCGAUUGUUCACUGCCAAACUGUGGCAUUUUCAUUACAGAAGAUUUUGCUAUGUAAAAAUUAAAAAAAAUAUAUAUAUAUAUGAAGCCGAAAAGAGAAAAAAAGCACAAAAUAAUUUGAAGAUAUUCUAUCUUAAUGAGUGAUAUUGUUUUUAAUUGUAAUAGAAGAAAAUGAAUCUAUGUAUAUAUCAGAUGUCCAAUACUGUAAUUCAUUUAUUAAAGACUGGUUCUCCAGUU